AUGGCUUCUACAUCGGAUGUCCAAGUGGCAUCUUUGGCGGCUGGAUUUACCCUCGGCUUCGGGUUCUUAACAGUUUGGAAGGCCAUUCAACAUACCCUGAGAAAUCGACGACCAUGGAGGAGCCAAUACAUUUACAUGAUUUGGGGAGAGAUUAUUGCCAACCUCAGCAUCGGCAUUAUAGGAUGGGUUUUUCUUGACGGCCUCAUAGGACCAACGAUACCCGUUUUGUUCUUCUUCCUGUUUCUUUGGGUGUUUGAGAUUCAGCUGCUCAUGCAAAUUAUCGUCAAUCGAAUUGCCAUCAUCGCCGAAGAUAGGAACACGGUAUUCAAAUUGAAAUGGGGCACCGCAGCUAUCAUUACUUGCAUCAACAUAGCGGUCUUUUGCAUCUGGAUUCCAGCACAUACUGCUCCCCCAGUUAGCGAACUAUAUGUUCGCAUCAAUGAAAUCUGGGAUCGUAUUUCCAAAAUUCUCAUUCUAAUCGUCGAUGCUGGCCUCAACUAUUACUUUCUACGCACCGUCAAAAAACGCCUCGUCGUUCAGCACGGUCUUAGCAAAUAUGCUCCUCUGGUCAGCUUCAAUGCUAAGCUGAUGGUGGUAUCUAUCCUCAUGGAUGCUAUGCUCAUUGGCCUUAUGUCAUUGCCGAACCAAGUUGUCUACAUUCAGUUCCACCCUGUAACCUAUAUGGUCAAGCUGAAUAUUGAAAUGACCAUGGCCGAACUCAUCACAAAACUGGCGAGGGGGGAUAACUCUGACAUGCAUAUGCCAUCCACAUCC